CUGAGUAGAAUAACAUCACAGACAUGUAUGGGUUCAUUAACAGCUGCCUCCAGUCUCUGGUGAUUGAGAGAUUUGGCCAGGUGACCUGGGACAAAUUGAGCACUCUAGCAGGGGUCCAGGAUACCUUCAUGACAUAUACAGUUUACGACGAUAUCCUAACCCUAAGCCUGGUGAAGGAGGCUUGUUCACUACUGGAUGUUCCUGCUGAUGUUCUUCUUAAGCUUUUUGGAGAACAUUUCUUUCUGUUUUGUAAGCAAGCAGGCUAUGACACCAUGCUGAGGACACUGGGAGGAAAUCUCAUUGAAUUCAUUGGAAAUCUAGAUGCUCUCCAUAGUUACCUGGCUCUGUCCUAUCAGGAAAUGAAUGCACCGUCUUUCCGAGUGGAGAUGACAGAUGAUGGGAAGAUGCUUCUUCACUACUAUUCUGACAGGAAGGGCUUGUACCAUAUUGUGCCUGGUAUCAUGGAGGCGGUUGCCAGAGAGUUUUUUGAUAGCAAAGUGACCAUGGUGGUUCUCAAUCAAUCGGAGGAAGAUGAGCGGACAGGGAAGAAGGAGCAUGUUGUGUUCCUGGUCAAACAGACCAACCAAGCUGGCAAGACCAGAGACCAGCACAAUUCCAGUCAUAGAUGGGAGUCAUUACUGAGAACAAUGAGGGACAGAUGUUUGUCACUAGCUGGGAAAAAGCAUGGCUGGGACCUGCUCAGGGCUGUGGUCCUCUCAGAAAAAGGCAGCCUCCAGUGCACUUUCAGUCCAUGUUACCCGAACAAGCUAUGGAUGGAAGAGAAAGCUUUCUGCAAUGCUUUUCCCUUCCAUAUUGUCUUUGAUGAAGAUCUGAAAGUAAGGCAGACAGGUGUGAACAUACAAAAGUUUGUUCCAGGUCUUCAGGCCAGAGAUGCUACAUUGGACCAAUACUUCACCAUUAUACACCCACAGGUGACCUUUACCAUUAGGAGCAUCAGGAAAUUCAUCAACAGUCAAUUUGUCUUGAAGAGCUACAAAGACAAACACACCACGCUCAAGCUCAGAGGUCAGAUGGUGUGGAUGGAGUCUCUUGGCUGUAUGUUGUACCUGUGUUCUCCAAAGUUACGAAACCUCCAGGAACUUCAAGAUGUUGGCCUCCACCUGUCUGACCUGGCCCAACAUGAUGUCACCAGAGACCUGGUCCUUCUCAACCAGCAACGUCUAGCUGAGAUGGAGCUCACCAACCAGCUGGAGAGGAAAAAAGAGGAACUGAGAAUCCUGUCGCAGCACCUAGAGGCUGAAAAACACAAGACAGAAACUCUGCUGUAUGCCAUGCUGCCCCGCCACAUAGCCAAUCAGCUUAAAGAUGGGAAAAGUGUAAAAGCAGGGGACUUUGAGGUGUGCACUAUUUUGUUCAGUGAUGUGGUGACCUUCACGAACAUCUGCGCUGCUUGUGAGCCCAUCCAUAUUGUUCAUAUGCUCAACUCCAUGUACUCCAAGUUCGACAGACUCACCAAUAUACAUGACAUCUACAAGGUAGAGACUAUUGGUGAUGCAUACAUGGUGGUGGGUGGCGUUCCAGUCCCGACAGAAACCCAUUCUCACAGAGUGGCAAAUUUCGCUUUGGGUAUGAGAAUAGCAGCCAGAGAGGUCACCAACCCUGUGACAGGCAAACCCAUACAGAUUCGUGUGGGUCUCCAUACUGGUCCAGUGUUAGCUGGGGUGGUAGGGGAGAAGAUGCCUCGCUACUGCCUGUUUGGAGACACUGUUAACACUGCCUCCAGGAUGGAAAGUCAUGGACUCCCUGACCACAUUCACCUCAGUUCUUCCACAUACAGUGAGUUGAAGGAUGCAGGGUUCAACAUACAAGAGCGUGGGCAGAUUGAGGUGAAGGGUAAAGGCCAGAUGACCACUUACUUCCUGUUGGGGAACCUGUUGGUGUCAGAAGAUAGCAUCAUGGGAAGAAAGGUUGGAGGGACUGGUCUUUACAGGGAAGACCUUCAAAAAGAGCCUGACAAAGAGCCUGAUGUGAGAACUGAGACUGAGUGGAGAGACACAUCCUCAGAUGGAGUCAUUUCCCCAGACCCCAACGGCUUAGACAUGAUAGCUCCCUUUGCCUGGGACAUCACCCAGCCCUAUGAGAUCAACAAAAACAGCCACAACAUACCUGCAAACGAUUUCAACAGCAGACUCUGUGUCUUACUCUGAGUGAAGACCCUCUCAGCCUCUUACAACUCAUUUAACUGUUCUGGGUUGUGCCAGCUUAGAGGUGUAUGAGCUCAACACAGAAAUAUAUAUAUAAAUAUACAUAGAUCAUUAUGACAAUUUUUCCUCAUUCUAACACAUCAACUUGAGGACAGAAUCUUCACUUGCUGCCUAAUAUAUCCCACCCACUAAUGGGUCCCAUGAUAACAAGAUAGUCAGUGUUCAGCUGUCAGUGGUCAUAAUGUUAUGGCUGAUUGGUGUGUAUAUAUAAUGCAGCUCCAAUAGCACGAGAAGGAAAGAGGACAGGACAAGGUGAGAAUACUAUGUAGUUAGAUUAGUUUGGUUAGUAACAGGGGAAACUCAACUCCAAACCACAGUGACACUAUGUUACAAAGUUACAGUCAAAGUUUAAUGAGCUUACCAAUCCACAUGACAAAGUAUCUAGUUUAAAUGAACUAUAAUAAUAUGAGAUGCAUUGACCAGAAGUCCACACAAGUCUUUUGCAAACCCUGCAGCUGUAAAGCUAAAUACAGAAACCAACCAAUAAUCUCUAAAUCAGUUCCAGAAAAAAGAAAAUUACUAAAUAUUUUCAUCCUACUUUAAGGAUUUGUUUAUAGUUCACCUAUAUUAAAAUGUCAUGAUUAAUAUAAAGACUAGCUAAUCACAGACUACCUUUUCUACAUUGUUGGAAGCUAUUAAUGUGUCUGUAAUUUAUCAGAUAGUUAUUUCACUUGAUUUGAAGACAUGGGUCACUACUGCAGCUUUACAGGAAGAAGGAAAAUAGGAGUUUGUUAUUGAGAUAUAUAAGAUGAGAUAAAGGCUUAAAUAUUAUCGACUUCUAAUUCAAAAAUAAAUCUUAGACGUAAGGAAUCGGGUGUUUUCAUUACUGCAUAUUCUGAGACAUUUCCAAUUUUGAAAAACAGGAAAUUAAUUAUUUUCUGUUUAUUACUGUACUGAAUCCACAAAGAAUGAAUGAAUUCACUUUUGAAUGUUCCUUUAUAGUCCACAAUUUGAACUAAUUUGCCUCCUUCUUCGUAAUUGUAUUAAUAUUUUUCUUAAUUCAUUUACAAUUUCCCAUGCACUCAUUAAUGAGUUAUUUAUUAUAUUUUUAUUUUUAAUAUAAGUUAAAUAAUCAGCUUUGGUCCAUCUCAGAUAAUUUACUUCUUUAAUUUGCAAUGAAUUUUCUCCUAUCAUGUGGUUAUUUUUUUAAAUUUAAGAGUUGCCUUCAAUGUUCAAUCUUUCGGUUACAUAAACCUCCAAAGAUGCUUAUUUAACCUUGGCAAAUUAUAUUUUUUAUCCGAGUGUACAAAAUUAAUUUUUAGUCUCUUUGAUCAUCAUAAAGUCAUUUGAUCAUCAUAAUAUAUAAUAUAUAACAUUAAUUAACAUGCACAACGUCAUUCCAGUCCAACUGCUUUAAUUUAUCUUCAAAUGGAUGGAAGUUUGGGGUAUAACAAAAAAAACUUUAACCCUUUUCUCUGUAUAAAAAAAUCGUUUAGUCCCUGCUUUCUCAACUAGUUGGUCGCUAUCCAAAAGUGGUUCUCAGUCUUAUUGUGAUUUGGUCUCAUGUCAGACUUACAUUUUGACAGAAAAUGUAAGCUACAAAAAUAAAUUAUAAAAUACAAAAACAAAGGCCCAUCUCAAUUAGACAAAAAGCUUCAUCGAUAUGAAAUCUUAACUUUGCACAGUCUACACUCUGUCUUUGAACUGUCUAUCACAUUAAAAUGUGUCCAAACUUUA